AUGCCUAUAUCCCAUUCCUUCAAACGAGCUACAUUCUUACGUCCUACCUAUUGCCAAUACUGCUCCAAGUUUCUUUGGGGAGUAGCACAACAGGGAGUACAAUGCUCAGAGUGCGACUACGUGGCACAUUACCAUUGCCAGGAUAACGCACCCGCAGAAUGUCAUGCGACACAACAGAAAGAGAAAAGAACACCGGCCGAAAACUCCUUAUUGCAUAUCCAGCAAAAACUCAAAGGUAGCGAAACUAUACAGCAGCCAUCUUCAUCGUUUGCGCCCAUAGCAUCAUCAGAUGGUGCUAGGCAUAAACAGCGACAACAGCGAGAGGAGAAGAGACCGGUCAAUCACAUCAUGCGUUCUUUGCAAGACCUCGUUGUAUCAGCUGCACUCGAAGCAUCAGACAAUUAUAAUCAACCAUCAGUCAGCGAGUAUCUAAGCAAUCAACCACCAUUACAACCACAUACCACAGCAAAGAACUUUACAAAAUUUGUUACCCGAUGCUCUAUUGUGUUUGACAUCCGCAACGCUGUCGUUCUCUUGUUAUGUUGGGAUGAUCCUGUCAAUACCUGGAUUGCCGUCUUGGUAUAUUCGAUCUUGUGCUGCUAUCCAAAAGUACUGUUGAUUGUUCCUCAGUGCGUCCUGUUAUACUUUGUACUCUCCGAAUCUGCUGCUGGUGCUACCACUGCCAGCAAUAGCAACAACAUCAAUCACGUUAACACGACUACUUUUACUGUAAGCAGCCAGUCCUCUCCUUCCACAGAAAAUAUCAACAGGAACAACAACAAGAGCCGAUCCGAAAGCCCUGCUAACAGCAGUGACAAGACAAGAAUGGGAUCUCCAAAAAACAUUGCAAGUACCCCAGGCGGCAGUCUUACAGCCACCCUCGUCUCUUUAUUGACAAGCCAAGAUGGCACGCCCGAAUACAGGAACAAUCUGCAAAACAUCCAAAACAUGAUGGGUGAAUACGUUUUCAUCCAUGACCAAAUCAUUGUCUACAGGAACAGAUACGUUAGAACGGACAACGCCAACAUUACCAUACAGCUGUUGGUCGUCUCCAUGGCAAUGACAAUGGCUACUGUACGGUUUAUCUCGCUCAAUUAUAUCUUUUUGGCUUGCGGAUGGUUCGCUUUUGUAAUCAAUCUUCCGUUUGUCAAAGUAUGUUUACGUCGUGUUCGCCAUGAUCAUUCAGCCACAAAAGACGUUAUUGCAGUUGCGGCGGAAAAGACGAUGCCAGUUCAAAAAUGGUAUAAAAGACAAACGAGUCGUCAGCCUUGCAGUGACUAUCGGACAGUGUCUGUCUAUGAAAACCAGACAAGAAGGAAAGAAGCAGAGCGUGAUGACACACCUGUUUUUGUAGAGGAUCCAUUAGUACCUUGGUCAAACCUCUAUGGGACUACCCAAUUGUCUGUUCCGGAACAAGUGGACCCACCGGAAGGAUAUCGCUGGAAGCAAUCUGAUCACUGGGCUGUAGACAAGACCGGACCAUGGAUAGACGAGUUACUCCAAAUCGGUAUUGCAAUGAAAAUUUCUUUUUAA